CGGCUGCCACAGCAACGGGGCCCGGCCCCACCGGGAGGGGUAACCCCUUCCCCGCGGGCUGCGGGGCCCGGGGGGAGCGGCGGCGGCUGCGGGGAGCGGCUCCAGCAGCCCGGGCUCGGCGGGACCCUCCGCACGGGGCCGUGCCGAGCCCCCCCGCCGGGGCGGGAUGCGCGGGGCUAUAAGGCGGCCUCACGGCGGCGGGUUGCGCGGUGCCAUGUGCGCCCCGGGGCUGCUCUGCCGCCUCCUUCUCCUCCUCCUCCUCCUCCUGCUGGCAGCCGCCCCCGGAGCGGCCCCUGGCACCGGAGCGGCCCCGCCGGGACGACCCCGUGCCCGCCGUGGGCUCACCUACCCCGGGACGCUGUGGUGCGGUGCGGGCAGCAAUGCGGAUGCCUACGAGCAGCUGGGGGAACACCGGGACACGGACCGGUGCUGCCGGGACCAUGACCACUGCCAGCAUGUCAUCCACCCCUUCACCGCCCGCUACGGGUACCGCAACCUGCGCUGGCACACCAUCAGCCACUGCGACUGCGACCGCCGGUUGAAGGAGUGCCUGCGGCGGGUGAACGACACGGCCUCGCGGGUGGUGGGACAGGCCUUCUUCAACGUCAUCCAGGUGCCCUGCUUCGAGUUCGCCUACAAGGAGGAGUGCGUGGAGCCCUACCUCUACGUCUGGUGCAAGGCAUACAACACGGUGGCCAUCGCGGUGCCCAGGGAGCCGGUGCUGUAUGAAUUCGGUGGGGAGCUGAUCGACCGGGCAGCGAGGCCCGGGGGGGUCCCUCUGAGCCCCCCGUGGAGCAGCACGGGCGGAGGAGCCGUCCCCGCAGACCAUCGCGCCCGGCCCAAGGCAGCCAAGAAAGAGAGGAAGGGGAAGAAGAAAGACAAGAAAAAGAAGGGGAAAGGUCUGAAAAAGAAAGACCCUUCCGAAAAUGGGGAGCUCAGCCAUCCCGCAGCCGCUCUCUCCGUGGGGCAGGACCCACGGGCCCCACUGCCGGACUUGGGCGAAACGGCCAACGCCGUCCUGAGCGACGCCCUGGCGCGGGAGAGCUUGGGUGGGGAGCCAUCCCUGGCCCCCCCAUCCCCGGUCCCCACCGCCAGCGGGAAGAGGAGGAGGAAGGAGAGGAACAGAAAGAAGAGGCGGAAAAGCCAAGCUGAGGCCGAGCCUGGACGAGAGCUGCGGCCAUGACUCCCCCCCGCACGGGUCUCGGCUGCGUAAUAAAGUUGGUGGCUGGAGCAGA